AAACGAAUGUGAAUUCAUGUCCUCACAGUAUAGCCUACAGUGUUUUUUACAUGCUCUCUAGUCACAAACGGGCCGCUCAUAUAAGUCUAUUCCCUCAACAGUCUGUGUGUUGUUAUAAAUAAUAUCAACGAGCUGCUAAUACAUUACACAGAGGAAUGGAAAGGUGAGUGUGUUCCAUGCUGCCUGGCCUUCUGUUCAGAGCUCUUUUAAUUGGCACUUUACUCUUUACAUGCAAAUAAAUUUAAUUUCAACAUAUUCAUUGCUGCUUAAACAUUACAGAGCAGUUUACGCCAGACACGGUCAAUACACGUUGUGUGUGUGCUUAGUGGGGCAGUUAGUGCAGUUUAAUGUGUGCUCACAUGCUGUGAUAUAGCCACCGGAUGACCCUCCCCAGUGGCGUCAUAAUCUGGAGGAGUUGUCCCUCUUACUGUCAUCGUAAAACGCUACGAACCGCAGUUAAAUGCAACAUGUGACCAGGCUCCAUGUCUCUCGGUUAGGCAGUUUUAAUGUCCAUCUGCUGGCCCUCUUUUAAAGGUGAAGUUGAGCUUUAAAUGAAGUCGAGAUAAGCUGUGACUCUCACCUGUGCUACCUAAAAGGACAUUCUCCAUGAUUUAUUACUAUACAGAAAUACGCUCAUCUCAUCCAGGUUUUUCUUUCUCCCUGGGAAAUACAGUUUGAUUCCUGGUAGAGCCUUUUAUGAAGGUUCCACCUAAAACCCUUCAGAUCCCACUGUAAACGGUUCUACCCAGGACAUAUGUGAAAGGUUCAAGCCAGGACCUCUAGAGGUCCAUGAGAACCCUGCCAUGGUGUAUGGUUCCAUCCAGAACCCCCGUCCCUUCUAACCUGUCACCUUUUAGAGAGAGUUCAAGAAAUAAAGUAUGUUUCUGCUAACGAGAACCUAGCCCCAGAACCUGGCCUGAGGGUUCUACCAAGAAUCACGACAUUCCUUGACCGAAUAGUUGAUUUGGUUGAUUGAAGUUGAUUUUAUCAAACAGGUGUGUAAAGGGAAUUUCUCCUAAAUAAAAGCAUCUAGGAAUCUAAUAAAAGCAGAAUUUAAAGUUGUGUGGGUACCAGAGAUGUGAAGUUAAUCAGCAUGAAAAGACCCAGAGAGUCGAUUAGAUGAUUGAUCUUCUUACGUCCUCCCACCCUUCUAUAUUCCAGGGGUUUCAUCUAGAAGCCUAAAAGCCGGGGCUGAUGUGGUGCUGCAUAACCCACAACUACCAUGCCUCAGAGUUUUGGGAGGUUUUGUGGGGUCGAUUGUGUGAUUGUUUUUAACACCACAGUUAUUGCAUGUGUCUUAAACUUGUAACUUUGUUUAUGUGCACAUACACCUGGGCAGCAAAGCGAUCUUUGUACAAAUUAAAAAAACAAUUAGAAGGAAGUCUUUGCUAAAAAAAACAACCUUGAUAGCAUUCAAUUAAAAGAGUUCAAGGUCAAAAGUUUUCUCUGCAGUUUUCCACUCAAACCUUUACACCGUGUGUGUUUUAGGUCUGGUUUUAUUGACUUCGUUUUUCCCGGCUGUAUAAGCGGCAGUAUAAUAAAGUCAAUAAUUCUGAGAGGAAGAGGUGUGUUUUACUCAGACUGACCCUUUGUGAAAGUAGGAUUCAUCCUCAUGUCCCCAGCAACUUUGGACUUGUGUUGAGAAGCAGCAGUUAGUUCUGCAGCUUUAUCCCUUAAAAAAGUGAGUCAGCAUUGUAUUGUCUGUAAUCGUGUUUAGAAUCCUUGGUAAACUCUGCCCUCUUGCGGUCUAUUCUGCAGCUAUAUGAAGGGAAGGAGGAAUAAAGGAAUAUUUAGAAUAAAGUCCUUUACAUUUCCCAUUCUUGUGUCUAUAUGAUCCACAAUGUCAAGUGGUGGAUGAUGGGAAACAGACGUGGAAAAGUUCCUGUUAACACCAAGGUCUCUAUGAGGAAGUCAAACACCCUUUCUUGUGUAACGCUGUGGGCCCUGAGCAGCCGGUGUGUGUGUGUGUGUGUGUGUGUGUCUGUGUCUGUGUCUGUGAUCAGGUCGCGGGUGAUGAAGCACACUGAAGUCUAAUGGUGUCAUGACGGCUUGUGGGAAUGAAUGGACAGGAGACGGCUUGUUGACACAGAGAACAUAAAGUCAUUAUUGCUUUACUGCCACAGGUAUCAGGGACACCUUUGUUGACUCAGCAGUCUUCCUGAAGCUGUCUGAGAUCAGUAAAGGUUUUUCCACUACAGCCAGUCAGCUGUUUAACCGUCAGUGGUUGAAAACGAGCCACUUGUCUGCAAGUUAGGUAUUUCUAACGUCCCCUCAGUGCUGAUGUUUUGAGCCUAUUCUACUUUAAUAAUCAUUUCAAAACUCCUGUUGCAAGGAAAAGUGUAAAUCUGCCCGUUGAUUGUGGCUCUAAAGGAACAACAUGGCAUAUAGUUGCUGUUACAGUUGCAUGAUCUCAACCAUCGAGAAUGUGGCUCAUUUUUGAGUGAUGUGGCAGCUUUCUCCACCACAAUCAUCAAUCAAACAUCAAAAGUGUUAAUAUCUUCUAGAAGAACUGCUGGAAAUUAAUAAAAGCAGACGGAAAACUCAACAACAUCCAUGGAAUCAGCUUAGUUUCAACCCCGAGGAUCAAACGCCCUUUUCAGAUGUGUUUUUUUUUUAUGACCACACUCACCUUGAAAAAGAAAUCCUCUCAGUCUGGCGACCAUCCACGACCUGAAGUUUUAAGCUCGGUGUGAUGUCUGGUCUGGUGUGGGAAUUGCGACACCUUCUUUGCAUUAAAGCACAGGUGGAAACUGGCAGCGACUUAUAUAAAAGACCCCUGCACCACACUGACCAAAGCACUGACAGCAAGGUUACCGUUUGGAACCUUGGACCGUACCAAUAGACAAAGAUUUAGUUUAUUCUAGUGACAUUUUUGCUGAAACUUUUUAUUUGUUUCGACUCUGUCUUGAGAAUCGUCCCUUUUUUGGUUCAAAGAAUGGCUCGCCCUAUCAGCUUUGUCUUUUUGGCGAGUUGGACAGCCGUAGCUUUCCCGCUGCCUCGCAAUUCUUUCGACAACGUCAUCAAAGGGUCAAGAGUGGAGUUGGAAUCAUCGGGCAGCGGACCGGAUGAACCCGUCCGAGGAAUAGUGAAGGUCAUGCGGCUGGACCCUCGUGCCGCGGCCCAGUCAGGCUUCUUCAGAGGACUCUCCCCCAGGAGAGCGCCCUCCCACAGCUCCAGAUUUUCCUUCCCCGCUUUCUUGUCUCACGGGCGUCUGGGUCCGGCCCCGGCCCCCAAGGCCCCGGUGAGCCCUCUCCACCUCCUGCACCCUAAGAGCACCGCUGAGAUGGAGCUGAAGAAGAGGCAAGGCCUGCAGAUGUGGCAGAGGGCCGUGGGUAAAGGAGACAAGAUGAGCGUGUCCCUCCCAAUAGACCUGAGGGACACCAAACAGGCGUGCACCGCCGUGCCUUUCACUCAGCGCGUGACGGCGGACGGAUGCGACGCAGUGACGGUGCACAACAAGCUGUGUUUCGGCCAGUGCAGCUCCAUGUUCGUCCCACCCGAGGGGGAGUUAGCCAGGCCGGGUGCGGGGACGGGGGCCCUCCGUCACCGGGCCCCCUGCUCCCGCUGCGCCCCGUCAAAAGCUCAGACCAUGACCGUUCCCCUGCGCUGCGGGGCCACGGUCCAGGAGAAGCGGGUGAUGGUGGUGGAGGAGUGCAAGUGCGAGACGGGUCGUGAGGAAAAGAGCGCGGAGGGUCGCCUGUAGCCGUGUCAAAUCUCAGACCAAGAUGUGGACUUUUUCAGAGUUUACGAGAUAAUUACUGAUUAUUGUUAUUUAUUAUAUACUAUAAUUAUGGUAUUUAUACCUGUAUUUGUUUGAGUCUAAAUCUUUUGUUCAGAGUAAAAUAUUGUUUGUAUUCCAUCGCUGACAAGAUGACCUGUAUUUUGGUCAUGUGCUUUUCCUUACUAACCGACUAACAGCUGUCCACACUGGAUCUGUGCUGCUGUUCAAAUAUGUGUUGAGAUGGAUCUAAACUGAAAUAUUGUGAUCUGUAAUGUUGUAAUUAAAACGUGCUAUUUAUCCACACUCC